GUUUCCUAGAAGAUCACCCGGAUGGGCGGCGCCUCCCGGAGCGCGACAAAGGGCGAGGACGAGCAGCGAGCAAACGCGACGAGAGACUGUAACCUUGGACAUCAACCUCCAAGCUCUCACGUGACACCGCUUUUAACGUCAACCCCCUGUAUACAGAGCCAUCAGCGAUACCUACUAUAGCAUUUGAGAGCAAAAGUUCUGUUCUGCAAAAGAGAGCAUCAUGGCAGACCACCUCCUCCCCCUUGCACGUCAAGCCGCAGCGAACAAGACUGUCAUCGCUGUAGGCGGUGCCGCAGCUGUGCUUCUCUUGGUCGCGGGCGACUAUUUGCAGUGGAAGUCUCUUGGAACCGGGGGGACACCCCCCACAAUCCAAGGCUAUGGUCGUAUGCGCAAAAUGGGCCUAUGGCGCUUCUUCUACGGCGACGAUUUGAAAGACGCCUCUCCCUUAAGCAAAGAAGGGCCUACAUACCUGGACGGUCCAGUGCCGAAGCGGGAGGGUGGGCGAGCAAAAGGGUCACGAUGGACGAUGCCACAGCGCCAAAUCGCAGAACCAAUCACACCUGAAGCGCUCGAGCGCCUCGCAACCCUCAUGCACCGCCUCUCCGCCCAGCACCCCAAGCUCCUCUCCUACGGCCUCUCCAAAACCGAGGGCGGCACCGGCCACGCCAUCUACGCCAACCCGGACCUGCCCACCGUCAACCCGGACGCCCACAAGAUCCGGUACGAAGUGGCGCACGUGCAUCCGAGCGAGAACUCGCUGCAUGUGUAUGCGAGCCCUGCGGAUGCGAGGGAGGUGGUGGAAGCGGAGUGGGGGGAGCGGUUUCCUGUGAGCUGGAUUGCGCCGGCGAGCUGGAUUAUGGUGUAUGCGCCGAGGAACGAGGAGGAGGUUGAGGUCGUGGAGAGGAUUGUUAGAGCGGCCGUGGGGUGGAAUACUGGGGUCAAGGUUUGAGGUGAUUCAGUGUGGGUGUUUGAUUUCAUGUGGCUUGGGCUUUGGAUGGCGUAGUUUAAUCGGGGAAUAGUAGUCUCGGUCCUGAUUCACAUGGUUUAGGAGGAGAAAUUAUCAAGGGGAAAGCCUCAUCAAGAACCAAGGCAGACAGAGAAGUAAUUAAAUAUCUACAAUGGGCUGAUCUCAAGAAAAGAAUAUUAGACAGCCAUCCAUCAUAGCUCACGCCUUAGGAACCUUCGCACUUUCCGGAAGC